CACACACAAGUCAAAGGCCGCUCGAAAACCGCUUGAAUGGUUCGUUCGGAGAGGAUUAAAACGAAGCAAAAUAUGAUGUUUUCAUGGGUUUUUUGUCAUCCACGUCAGACGUCUUUUUAUAAAAAUGGACUAUUAAAGGUUCGUUCUUGGUAGUGGCGACGAAAAAGGCAGAGCACAGAGGUAUUUUAACGGGUAUUUUUCUCCUGUCGUCUGGUCGUUGUUAGCGUUAGCCUCGAUUGUAGCAGCCUGUUUUUGAGCUGCGAUGGUUCUUGCGAAUUUAUGCGGAUGUCUUCACUGAACACAAGGCGACAAAUGGGAACAUCCAGCAUUGGCCGAGGAUAGACUAAACCUUAUCGAUUGAGAUAUAAACUCGACUUUGGAUUUUCAGAAUAAGGAUUCUGUGGACUCAGCAGCAGCAGGCUUUUUUAUAGUUGGAUUUUAGACCAGAUAUUCUCCACAGCCAUGGAAUCGACGGUUGAUGAUGAUGCAAUGGCAGCGUGAAUGAAGCUUUGCGUGGGGAGAGCUGAACGAUGCCCAAAGGUGGGGGUUCUAAAGCCCCCCAGCUGGACCACUUCCCACUUAACACCGAUAUGGUGGAGAAACAGGGUGGGAAAAAGGAUAAGGUGUUGUCAAAUAAGACUCCAAAGUUGGAUCGCAGUGAUGGGGUCAAAGAGAUGAAAGAAAAGGCCUCUAAAAGGAAGCUGCCAUUCACUGCUGGAGCUAAUGGAGACCAGAAAGAUUCUGACUCAGAGAAACAAGGUCCAGAGCGGAAGCGCAUUAAAAAGGAGCCCACCAACACCCGGAAGGCGGCCUUGCCAUUUGGAAUGGGGAUGCCAGGGAUCCGGGCCGGGUACCCCCUCUCUGAGCGGCAGCAGGUGGCCUUGCUAAUGCAAAUGACAGCUGAGGAGUCCAUCAACAGUCCAGACACAACACCAAAGCACCAGUCACAGUCCAGUCUGGGUCAGAAGGGAACGCCAAAUUCAGCAUCUAAAACCAAAGAUAAAGUUAAUAAAAGGAAUGAGAGAGGAGAGACUCGGCUGCAUAGAGCCGCUAUUCGUGGAGAGGUACGUCGCAUCAAGGAGCUCAUCAGCGAAGGAGCUGACGUGAAUGUAAAAGACUUUGCAGGCUGGACCGCAUUACAUGAAGCAUGCAACAGGGGGUACUACGAAGUAGCCAAACAGCUGCUGGCAGCCGGAGCGGAGGUUAACACCAAGGGGCUGGAUGAUGACACCCCUCUACAUGAUGCAUCCAAUAAUGGACAUUUCAAGGUGGUCAAGUUACUUCUACGAUAUGGAGGGGACCCACGGCAGAGUAACAGAAGAGGUGAAACACCACUGAAAGUAGCCAAUUCUCCAACUAUGCUGAAUUUAUUGUUGGGGAAAGGCACAUAUACAUCAACUGAAGAAAGUUCAUCAGAAUCUUCAGAAGAGGAAGAUGCACCAUCAUUUGCUCCAUCCAGCUCUGUUGAUGGCAAUAACACAGACUCAGAGUUUGAAAAGGGCCUGAAGUUGAAAGGGAAAACGAUAGACCCUCCUAAAUCUGCUGUCACACCUGUCAAGGAUGAAUACGAAUUUGAUGAGGAUGAUGAGGAGGAACGUGUCCCCCCAGUGGAUGAUAAGCAUCUCUUAAAGAAAGACUUCCGUAAGGACCCAAUCAGCAAGGCCAACAGCUUCAUCUCCAUACCCAAAAUGGAAGUCAAAACUUAUUCCAAAAGUAACUCACUCACACCAAAGAAAACUGUUAGGAGGAUUAUCUCUGACAGCAACAGUUCAGAUGAGGAUGAUAGGACAUUGUGUUUCACACCAACACCUACGCCAAGGCAACAGGCUCAGUCAACUAACGCAAAGACCAGAGACUCCAGCAGCUCCAAGCAACAGAAAGACAAGAAUAAAGUGAAAAAGAAGCGGAAGAAGGAGAGUAAAAACAAUGUCAGUAAAGAAGUCAGGUUUGGUAAAGUAAAUGAUAAAUUCUGUACAUCUGACUCUGAUUGUGGAGACAUGGAGAGUGAAGAUGAUAAGGGCUCAAAUAAUGUAAAGGACUCUUCUGCAACAAGCCUGAAAGAAUCUCCAGUCUUUAAUGCAUCAUCGUCCUCCCACGCAAACUCGAACUCUCAAAAACAAACGUCGUUAGCAGAACAACACCCAAAGCAGUGGAGGACAGACGGGUGGAAGACUGUCUCAUCUCCUACAUGGUCAGAUGUUAGUUCUCUGUCCGAUUCAGUCACAAGAAUGUCCAGUGAGUCUGACUACUCAUCUGCCGAUUCUAGUGUAGAGUCAGUAAAGCAAGUAAAGAGGAAAGCGCAGGAGAGCAAAAAAAAGAAUAACAAUGUUCAUAGUAAUACAGUAGACAAGAAAAAUUCUGACCUCUACAAAAACUCAAAUGCAGACGGUACAGUCUCCAAAACUGAUGGUGAUGGCAAGGUGUUGAAAAAGCAUAAAGCAAAACACAAGCACAAAAAUAAGGAGAAGGACAAAGCUCCUAGUUUAGUGCUUAAUCAAGAUAUGAAUGAGAAAUUUGUGAAAAGCUACUCUUUUGAUUUUGAUGAUUCUAGACAGAAGUCAGCAAUUGGUGAGGCUGAAUCCCAGGGUGAGGGCAAGAUCAAAUUAUCCAAACAUGAAAAAGACCAUUCAAAAAAGGACGACAGGCUGUCAAAAAGCAAGUCUGAAGACAAGGAUUGGACAUCUGGGAAAGACGUGCAUAGACCAGUAAAAGAAGAGAAAAAUAAGAAAACAAAGGAAUCCACCAAGGACAAAACAAAUAAGGAAGAGAGGGAAAAACCUAUUAAAGCUGACAAGGAUAGAAAUGCUAAGGAGAAAGAGAAGCCCAAGGAAGAUAAACAGAAGGUUCAUAAAGAUGACAAAAAGAAAAAGUCAAAAGAAAAAUCUUUAUCGAAGGCAGACAGGAAAAAUGAACAGAAAGAAGAAAAGCAUCAGAAAGUAGACAAAGAGAAGGCCACAAAAGAGGAGAAGGAGAAAUGUAAAAAAGACAAAUCACAGAAGGAAGAUGUUGAAUAUGAUGGCUAUGAUAUAAAUAGCCGUUUCCUACCCCUUGAGGACACAAAACUCAGUGCCUCAGAUGACCAUCAUGACAGAUGGGGCUCAGAAAUGUCAUCAGACUCCUCUCUCUAUGGAGAAGAUAGCUGGGAUGCUCCCGUCAAAGAGUAUAAAGAAUAUAAAGCAAACAACUCUGUUAAGCUAAUUGUUGAGACUGUUAAAGAAGAAACAAGGAGGAAAGAAAGCAAAGUCAAAGACAAGAAAUUAGAUCAUAAUGAAAAGCGGUCAGAAAAAGAAGCCGCUUCCAAAAAGAAAGAUUUGUCAGACAAAACAAGUGAAAAGAAAAAAGACUGGUCAGAAAAACAGAAGUUGAACUCUAGCCAUUCAGCUGAAAAAGAUAAGAAGAGGAAGGAGUCCACAGAUACAGCUAAAGAUAAAAAAGAAAAAGAUUCACUGGACAUGAGUCGAGACCGUAAAGACUCAUAUGAUUUCAUGAAAGAAAGAAAAGACUUGAAAUUGAAGCAGGAAUCCAUAAGAGAUGAAUAUGGCAGUGAUGUCUUCUUUAAAGACAUUGAUGUAGUUGUUAAAUCGUGUGAUGUCAGAGAAAGAAACUUUUCUGGAAAAGAGAAAGAAAAGAAGGGUGACGGAAUGGAAAAGAGAGAAAAGAUGAAAGCUGACAAGCACAAAGAGAAAUCUAAGGACAGAGGAGCAGAUCAGGAUAAGGAGAAAAUUGAGAAAAUUUCUACUGAGAAAGCUGUCAAGGAGAAGGAUUUAGAUCGAGUCACCAAAGACAAGAAGGAGGGAGCCAAAGACAAACAUAAAGACACUCAUGGAAAAGACAAAGAUCGAAAGAUGUCUUCAGAACAGGCGAAGGACAAAAAAGAAAAGGCUUGUCAAGACAAACAUGCUGACAGAGAAAAGGAUUUCUUAGAGGUUAAAAAAGAUGAAAGGAAAACUGAGAAAAUCCGGGAAAAAACAUGGUACAAAAUAGCCGACAUAUUCACCGAUGAAAGUGAUGAUGAUGAGGACAGCUACAAUGGUGGUGUUGCAAAAUUGAGUGAUUCACUUGGAUUGUCUGAUUCUCAUAGAAAGGACUCCACACCUGAUCAAGAUGAGCUGGAUCAUUUCCCCUCAGAGAAAAUGAGAAAAUAUUCUGCAGAAUUGAAGCAUAAUACAGAAAAGACUAAAGAAAAAGAGCACAAAGAAAAAAAGAAAGAAAAGACCCUGUUUGAUUCAGGUAAAGAGAGGAAAGGUUCCCUUGAGAAACACAACAAAGACAAGAAAGAGAAUGUGGAUGCAAAACAUAAGGAAAGAAAAGACAGAAUAUCUAUAGACUCAAGUCAAGAGAAGAAAAAUAAACAAAAGUUGUUUGACAAAAGAGACAGCACUGAUGAUAAGGCAAAAAACAAAUACAAAGACAAGCUAGAUCAUUCAAAAGAAAGAAAACCUUCAAAAGGCAGUGGUGAAAGUGAAAAGUCCCUCUUAGAAAAAUUAGAGGAAGAAGCAAUGAAUGACUAUAAGGAUGACUCCAAUGACAAGAACAGUGAAAUGUCUUCAGACAGUUUCACUGACCGUGGUCAUGAGCCAAUCCUCAGCAGUUACUAUGACUCCUCCAUCAGCCUGCCAGAUAUGUCUGAGGAGAGAAGGGACUCGCUCUCUAUAUGUACACCCCAGGAUAAGUUCAGGGAGAAAGAGAGACAUCGACAUUCCUCAUCAUCUUCCAAGAAGAGCCAUGACAAAGAGAAGGAAAAAAUUAAGAAGGACAAAGUAGAUAAACGGGACAAGACAGAGGAGAUCAGAGAAUCUUAUGGUCGCAGAGAGAGCCUGCCUAUUGAGAAAGAACCUAUGCCACUUGAAGCCGACCCUUACACUUUCCCAUAUGGGGUUAAGGGAGAUGGGGAAGAUGACUAUGAUAAAACAUUGGAGUUCGAAAAAGAAAUGUCCAAAAAAGACAAAGCAACUGGUAUCAUAAGUGACAGAAUGAAGGAUAAAAAGAAAAAGGAGAAACAUAAGGAAAAAAUGAAAGAGGAAAAGAGUAAAUACAUCGAUGGCUUUGGGUCAUUCAAACACUCAAAAGAUUAUGUUAAGUCAGGGUUAAAGGACAGCCCACAAGUUACUUUUCUGAAAGAGAAAUCAAAGGAAGAAAGUCCUAAAUGUGAUAUUAAAAAAGACAGAAAUCGGGAUGCAUUGGACAAAGACAAUAGAAUGGAUCACAGUAAAUCUAAGGCUAAGGAUGAAAAUGAAAAAGUCACACAGUCCAAAGACUCAAUACGGAAAGAGUAUCGCCCACGGGAAAAACUACUGGUGGAUGGUGAUCUCCGACUUACAAGUUUUGGUCAGAUGUUGAGUCUGAAAGACCAACAAAUUGAAGAACGCCACAAGAGGCAUAAAGAAAGGAUGAAACAGAUGGAGAAGCUCAGACAUAGGUCAGGUGACCCCAAACUCAAGGACAAAUCAAAGUCUACAGAAGAAGUACGGAAAAAUCGCAGUGACCUUUCAUCAAAGAAAUCAAACAGCCUCGAGUCUCCUCUUAAAGAAAAGAAACUCAAGGAUGUGGGUCUUCCAGCCCAAAUGAUGUCCCCUGACAGAAAGACCCAGCCUGCCGAUAGCCAAAAUUCAAAGGACUGGUUAGCUAGUCACCAAAUGAAGGAGAACCUCCCUGCUUCCCCCAGGCCAGACCAAAACAGGCCAACUGGGGUUCCCACACCAACAUCUGUAAUUUCUUGCCCCAGCUAUGAGGAAGUAAUGCAAACUCCCCGUACCCCAUCUUGCAGUGCCGAGGAUUACCCUGACAUUAUGUUGGACGGGCUGGACUGCCAGAACUCAUCAGCUAUGACUAUGUCAAUGAAUGCCUGUUCCCCAUCCUUUUUUGAAAGCAGAUUCCCUAGCUCUCAGAGUUUCCAGGAAGGGACCUGUCCUACCCCUGCAAAGAACUUUCAGCUUCCACUUGUCAGCCGCUCUGCAUCCUCUGACAUUCGAAGGCCUUUAGAAGACGAAUUCAAAGCUGAUGCUGACAAGUUUCUUCGGCAACAAAGUGAUCCAGGGGCUGAAUUCAAUCUGUUGUCUUCCACUCAAACAAUGGAGGACAAGUCUGCAUCAGAGGACAGGUUGGAGUGCCUUUCUCCCCCAUAUUUCUCCCCUAUGGGAAUGCUCUCCCCUCAUUUGGACUCUACUCAUACACCAGAUGUUGUAGCACCAACUGUGUCUGGCUCAGAAAGUAAUGACCACCUUCCUGAAACUGUGUACAACAGUUUCUUGUUGAAACCUUCUACACCAGUUCACAAGCCUGACCCGCAGGAGCCCUGCUUUGAUAUUGCUGCACCACCAACCCCAGCUCCUGCUGCUCUACCACCCUUGGACAUUGAUGAUAUCUCUGAGUCUCACCACAGUGAACCUAACCUUGUUCCAUCAGAUCUUCCUCCUGUCUCAGAGGAGCAGGAUGAGGAUGAGGAGGAAGAAGAAGAGGAAGAUGAUGAGUGUGAUUUGGAUGAUAGGGCUGACGGAAACCAUUGUACAGUGGAGCCAGAGCAGAUGCAUGAAAUGUGUUCCUUCUCUCCUCAAGUUGAGGACCAUCUAAGGAAGAAUUGGCCUACAGAAUCUCCAAAUCAACAGGAUUCAGAUAUCCAGCAGCUCACUCCCACAAAUGCUACAGCUGACUACUGUGAGAACUCUUGUGAUCACACCUCAAGUUGGAACUCUGAGUUGCUCUUAAAAUCUUCCCACAGGACAUAUGGGGAGAUAGAAGCUGCUGUCUCCAAAAUAACUAGUCCGUACUCUCAUUCAGACAUUGACAUUCAGCAAAUAUCAGGACACCACUCUGUAACUCCUCCCUAUGCCACCUAUUCCAGGUCUUAUGUACCUGAACAAGACUUUGAUGAACAGAAAGAGGCUGUGGCUGACAUUCCUUCUCCAGAGAGGCCUGACACAGCUAUGGAUGGUGAGCCCAACUAUCUGAACAGCUCAUCGUCUUCCACUCGGAUGGAAUCUAUGUUCCAAGACUGCCACAAGCCUAUUAUUGAGGAGUGUCACCAAAUGGACACAGAGCAAACAUGUAUAGGUCCAGACAGCAGACACAUCGCUCAUACCUUCAGUGCAACCACUGAUAGCCACUUGCCUCCAGUUGUUAGCCAUGAACCUGUUGUUCCCUGGGCAGAUCCAUUCUCAACAGAUGCAGAUGAGCUGGAUGAUCUUGGGCCAUUCUCUUUGCCUGACCUUCCCCUACCUGACCAGUCAGAGGAGGCUGAUUCUCGAGACAUUGAGCUAACUGACCAUAGCAAGGCAUUGCCAAGUCACGUUAGACAUACCCUCACAGACAGAGAGGAUUCAGACCUACUUGAGAUAGACCUACCAAGCCUGGGUACCAAGCCUCCAUGCCCUGCUAUAGGGCUAGGGGACACUACUGGGCAAGACCUAGUUGUACCAUCACCACAUGGUAACUUCCAGCAAGAAUUGGACCCAGAACCUCAGAGUGUGCUGGUCAGCAGCUCACUCUCUCUCAAACAGGGCAACUCAUUAGAAGGAAAAGGGCCUUAUGGAGGAUCAGAGAAUUCUGAUCACAGUGUGUUGCAUUCAUCUGUGCAAUCAGAUGCCAGUCAGCAGCAUCAAAUGCAGAUUAAUUCACUUACUGACUCUUUACAUUUACCCCCAGAUUCUGUGUCUACUGCCAAGUCAGACAUAAGACCGGAAGAGAUGUCUGAGCCUGUAGCAGAAUCCUUGUCUUGUAGUCCUCUUCCUCAUCUUCCAGUUGCAGUCUCAAUCUCUAAUACAGUGGACCUGGCAGACACUCAGGACACAACAUCCAAAAUGAUGCCAGCAACCUUGACUACUGCUUCCAUCACUGUGGAUGUCCCCAAAAAGGUGGAGGAAAUCCCUCAAAGAAUGACCCGCAAUCGUGCCCAGAUGCUGGCUAAGCACAAUCCCUCUGCUGCAGCUAUCCCUCCUACCUCCAGCAUGACCACCUCAUCUGCCACUGCCAUUCUGGUAACAACCAAUCCAGCAAUGAGCAUUACCCCAAUUCCUGCCAGAACCCCAACACCAACCUCAGCUUGUUCCUUCUCAGACAAAGACAAGGAUUCUGUUCUCACCGUCUCUUCUACUACAUCUAUUUCAACCCCUGCAGUAGUUGUAUCUACACCUGUGACAGCUUCCUCAGUGGUUCUCAAUAAGACAUCUAAAGGUCGUCCUCUCUCUAUGGAUGAAGAAGAUUCUCACCCCCAUUACCCACGGAAGAGGAAAUUCCCACGUUCUGCCGGGCAACAGGUCCAGGUCCAGCUGGUGAACACCGCCAUGCAACAAACCAGGGAAAUGAUACAGCAGACUUUGGCUGUAGUGGUCAAUGCCAUCAAGCUGGAUGAUAUUGAGCCCUACCACAGUGACCGUUCCAAUCCCUACUUUGAGUACCUGCAGAUCAGGAAGAAGAUUGAGGAAAAGAGGAAGAUCCUGUGUUACAUCACACCACAGGCUCCACAGUGUUAUGCUGAAUAUGUCACCUACACCGGCUCCUACCUACUAGAUGGAAAGCCCCUCAGCAAACUUCACAUCCCUGUGAUUGCACCGCCUCCUUCACUAUCAGAACCUUUGAAGGAGCUCUUUCGGCAACAGGAAGCAGUACGGGGGAAGCUCAGAUUGCAACACAGUAUAGAAAGGGAGAAGUUGAUUGUGUCCUGUGAACAGGAAGUCUUGAGGGUCCAUUGCAGAGCAGCCAGGACAAUAGCCAAUCAGGCUGUGCCUUUCAGUGCCUGCACUAUGCUGUUGGAUUCUGAAGUGUAUAAUAUGCCAUCAGAGAGCCAGGGUGAUGAAAACAAGUCUGUGAGAGAUCGCUUCAAUGCCCGUCAGUUCAUUUCCUGGAUCCAGGAUGUCGAUGAUAAAUAUGACCGUAUGAAGACAUGUUUGUUGAUGCGGCAGCAACAUGAAGCUGCAGCCCUGAAUGCAGUGCAGAGGAUGGAGUGGCAGCUGAAGGUCCAGGAACUGGACCCAGCAGGGCACAAGUCCCUCUGUGUCAACGAGGUGCCGUCCUUCUACGUGCCAAUGGUCGAUGUCAACGACGACUUUGUCCUGCUGCCUGCAUGACACGUGUGCUCACAGACAAAGAGCAUACUUCAUCUAAAUUGGUUCUUCAUAAAGAGACUUCACUGCUGAGAACAAAUGGAAAGGGCUAGCAAGUUUGAAAGAAACCUUUAAGCAGGAUAAAAUUAUACUGAAAGAGUAAAGAUUGAAAAAUUUCCUCAAAACUUCCUUCCUUAUAGAAGGAAACUUGUUUUUACUGAGGAGAAGAAAAUACAAAACUUGCACUUUUCAUCUUCAAAGUUUUUACACUUUUAUUUGAUCAGAGUUUGAGAAGCAAAAAUGAUUGCUUUGAUGCCCUGACACUGGGACACAACUCCUUGAUUCUCAGUUACGGUCAGACAGGGGGACAGAGAUAUAUUUUCUGUUUGCUUUUGGUCCUUGCUUCAAAAGUCCAACAACAGGCCAGCCAUGUCAGAGAAGAGCUCUGUCACCAGCGUGGUGCCCUUUAUGAGGGAGGACUUAAGGAAAGGCCUCUUCUGUUGACCCAUAGCCCAUUGCUGGCCCAGAGGAUGUGAAAGGUGAUGUGGCGCAUUAUGUGCAUCUUCAGUGUGUAUCAAUGGCAGGGCUGGGUAGCUAGAGGGAGACACUGAUGGUUUGGAGCUAUAAGACCACAUGCUCAGUGGAUGCCCUUCUGUUCUCGCCGCACCAGGCCAAGCCAAGCCUACAGCAGGUUGGAAUACAGCAGAAGAGUAGCGAUGUGUGUGUACGUCCGAAGCCAACCGUCUGAGGGGAAGACUGAUCCUGCAGCGCCUCAGCUUGGCUAAACAGAAGAGAAGAGGCGUGGAUCUCUGGGGACAGUGUUCCUCAGCCACCCUACUUUCUUACGUAAGCACGUCAGAUCGCCGUGGACUGCAAAACACCACAGGACAACCAGAAGAAAUAACAUAAAACGAAUGUUGACAUUCAAAGAGACGAUUAAAAUGUAAUUGUUUGGCAGGAGGAGAGAAUUAUUCUUUUGUCUAUUUCUUUAUUUGGGCAUUUCAUUGUUUCUGAGGAAGUGACUUGAAACACUACAGAGCCAAUAUUAGUUUAAAGGAAAAAAACAAGAAAACUGAUUAAAAAAAAAUUGUAUUCCGUAAAUUAUGUACAGUUUUUAUAUUCGUUAACCAAUGUAUUCUUGCUGCCUUCUAGAUAAUUUAUUUUGCCACACAUUACUGCACAGUUGUAAAUAACCUAUGUACUGUAAUAUCACUCAGUUCCGUGUAAAGAAAAACAAAACAAAAUAAAUUAAAAAAAAUCUUUUUAUGUACAGUUCACUUUUGGGCAGCACUUUCCCCCUUUUCAUAUCCAUGGGCCAAAAUGUGUACAAGAUUCUGUCAGUAUUUGAAAGAUUCCAGUGCACAGUUGUAUGAUCCUUCCUGUAGAAUCAGUCCAAGAUUAUUUAACUUAGCUGUGGGUCACCAUUAGCACACAAAUAGCUGACAGAUAAAACUUCUGGAUGAAAUGGGCCUACCACAGGCUGACCACCGUACUAUAGUCCCUCAGAUGUAGCAGAAUAAAUGUUAAGGAUUUAUUUAAAGACUAGAUAAAGGAUUAUUAUUCAUUGCUUUACUACACAGUUAUAUCUGAAAAUUUUCAAGCCAAGAAAAUGCCUUUUUCAGUGGAAAAAAAAAUGUACUCAUUGUUGGGCAAAGUGAUGGAUGGAAUGAAAGACAGAUGUCAUUUACAAGCAAAAUUAUAACUUAAUUGUUUAGUUCAAAAUUCAUUUUCCUUGUCUUUUAUUUACAAGAAUAUGUAUGUAAUCCUUGUUGAUUAUUACAAAUUAAACUGCAUUUCUGUAGCGCCUUUCCCAUCAGAAGCAGAUGCUCUAAACGUUUUACAUUGAUGCCUUGCAUUCAAACACGCAGUGAUGUCAGUGAGCUGCCAUCCAAGGCACUCGAGCAAUUUAGAGAUGAAGGACCUUGCCGGAGGGAUUUUAACCAAGGUCUCUGGUCUUAAGUCUACCGCUUUACCUCCUAAAUUAUCUCUCUUUAAACCAGUGUGACAUCAGCCAUUUAGAGUUUCAUCCAGGUUCAUGUUCCCAGUUUUCUUUCCACACAGAAUGGACUGACUCUAAGGAGUUAUGACACCCACUGAAAGGUUUCAGUUGAAUACUGUUUUUAAAAUUUUCAGCCUCCCUUGUGUUUUGCUGCUGAGCACCUUCUGUAGGUGCUGUUCUGGCUUUACUCAUAGGAUGGCGCCAAAGGACAGUCUUGGGUGUCUUAAAACCCGUCAUGACACUUUGGCUUUUGUAAGCUGCCCAUAACUUCACAUUUAAAUCAGUGUUUUUAAUGUUUAAAUUUUAUUACAUCUCAUUAAAUUUUAGGAUCCAUUUAAAACUCCAAGACAGAUUAAUUUGGUAGUAACCACAAACUCAUAACAUCUGAACUAGUUAUCUGAGUUGUACCGAUAAUUGACCUACAGAGGUUUGGCUAGUGUUGUCAGGGAUUUUAAUUAUUCUAUGGUCAAAGUUACUUCCUCAUAUUGCUGAGUUGUGUGGCAGACAUAGUUUGCCAUUAGCCAUGUUCUUGCUCCAGGCCCAACAGACGGGAGACUUGAGUCUCAUUGUGAACCAAAAAGUUUGACGUUAAUACAUACAACAGAGUAAAACACACCUGAGACAGACUGUCUAUUUAAAUAUCCUGUUGAAAUGUAUGUUUGUGAAGAUGUGUGUUGGUUGUCAGUUUCUGUUUAGUUCUUUUUUUUGUUUUUGUUUUUAAGCUUUCCUUGUCUGCCACACAGGCUCCCUCUGUGUGCGAGAACUGUUCCUGUAUCCUGAUCGCAGUGGAACCUGAUACUCUAAAGUUGUGAACCCACUGUCAGUCAGCAGAGCUGUCUGUGGCAUGUCAAGGGCCACACUUGUUGCUAUUACACUGUGCAGACAAGAUGGCUACAUCCCUACAUAUUUUUAGAGAGAUCCUGGUUGAAAUAUACAUAUUCAUAUUUGGCUACAAAUACCCUAAAAUUUGUUAUUACUGCCCUUGUAGUGUUUAUAUGUUGUGGUAGUUCCUUAUGCAAUUUUUGGGAAGCGUUGUAGAGUGUCAUGUUCAUGGGAUACUUGUUUUGUUUGUUUGUUUGUUUGUUUUUAGGUCCUUGUGUAAUUUUGAAUUUUGUGUUCUUCUUAGCGGGUUUUGUUUUUCCCUCCCAAUAUAACAUAAACAGCAGUGGCAUGUCAAUCACGUUGCAUAUCGUGUACAAUGUGUACUGUUACUAUGCCCUAACCGACCACACCCUCACUAUUGUUUACAAGACAGUGUUUCCGUUAUGUCAUCUUACUAACGGUUUAAGCCCUGCCUUUGUUUUUGUUCCUGUAAUCAUCUGUUUGAAUUACAAAGGCUUGAAAUGGUGAUGGUUGACGUUCGUGCCUCGACCAGUGUGACAGUUGAUUUAUCCUUCUCUGUGGGCCACCAUUGCAUACAGCAAUUGUUUCAGUACGUCCACCCACAUUGAUCCUACAGUGUGAAUAUUCAGCAGGCAAGGCAAAAUUUCUAGAUAAAUUAACAACAAAGUCCUCACGUGCACAGUAGACCACUUAAACCAUGGAGAUCCAGAUGGUAGCCUGACACCUCAUCAGUCAGCAACAUAUUACCUCUACUCUUCUCACAUUCAUCUUUAUUUUAGUAUUGUCAGAUGUUUUCUUACUGGACGUUAGCAUACAUAAUUGCUUUUUCAGUAUAUAGUAUCACGAUUUCAAGCCUUGUUUUGUUUUUAAUCAUGAUUAAACUCAGACUGUAGCUGUUUGUUCCUUUUUUUAUGGAAAAUGAUUGAUAAAAGAGCAUGGAAAACUAUUCUUUAAAUUGUGAAAAAUAACGUAUUUAUUUUUUUUUUUCUGACACCUGUGGUAUGUUUUGAGUUGAAGUUGGUCUCUGCUGUGUAAAUUUUCCUCCUUGUAAUGCGUGAAAGAGACAUACUGUACAUAGCUGUGUAAAUAAAACCUUCCAGGACGUUUUGCACCCUACUCUUUGUACUAGUCUGAAAACUUGCAUAGAAUGUGGGGUUCUAACAGCGAUGAGCUGUGUAUGCUCGCUGCAGGUGAUUAUGAUGUAACAAUGUAACAUUUUUUUAUUUGUACAAUGUAGUUUAAAUUAUGUAAAUAUUGUUGGAGCAGCUACGGGGGGGGGGGGGGAUAUAUGGGGGGUUGUUGAUGCUAUCAUCAGUGCUGUAACAGAAAUCCAGUACUUUCACCUCCAGCUGUUGUUGAUUUCCUGGGAAAAAAGUUAUAAAAAUACGAAAAACUGAAAAUGUGGAAGGAUGGGCAAAAAGACUAAAACUGAAAAUAAAAAUUCUAAAUUGUUAUUUUCUACAGUUGCAUGUACAGAGAGCGCAAGAACUGCUGUUGUUCCUCAGAGAUUAUGUUCGUUAAUAAAAUUUUGAAAUAUUACAGCA